UUGUAUUAAGAAGUGAUUAUUACAGAUUUUAAAUAUCACUUAAAAGUGCAUUCUUUAUCAUAAUGAAAGUCGUAAUUUUGGUGUGUUUACUUCCUCUGAUCUUGGGAGCUAGCCUGGAUAUAUCUAAUUGUCCUAUGUUUUGUCCCAACACCAACGAAACUGUUUGGGUCUUGAUUCCAUAUUGCUAUGCCUUUCGCAACAAAUGUCAGUUUGACGUCAUUCAAUGUCUUCUUGGGCCAAUAUUCUCCCAAAAUGUGAGAGUUGUUUCCCACGAAGAGUGUAAAGAACAUUGCAACACUACUUGUUUGGAACUUAUGGAUACCGAUGCUGAUGAAAGUUUGAAGCAAAAAUGCAAAGACUUUCUGCACACAUGUCGAAGUGGAGAGGGUUAUUUUCACUGGUAAAUGGAACUACGCAUUUGCAUUGCAUUCAACACGACAUCUUUAUUAAAUUCAAUUGCAUUAAAUUUAAUUUAUCUAUGUUACGAUUCUGCAUAUAAGCGUGAGAUAGUUAUCAAUUGAAGGCAAAGCUUUAUGGAUGGCAUUGUGUAAAGAUCGUGAAAAAACGGAAAUAAACUUGAAAAUUAUAAGCUAUAAAAUAUUUGUUAAAAAGUGAUUAUAUUUCUUUUGUGUUUAUCUUCUACCGAUCAUAAUGAAAAUAGUGAUUUUUCUGUGUUUGCUUUCACUGAGUUUGUCAGCAAAUACAUAUAUGAAUAUUGCCCAAUGUUCGGAUUUGGAUUGUCCCGAUACUAUUGAAACAGUCUGGGCCAUGACCAAAUAUUGCACUGCCUUCCGCAACAAAUGCUACUUCGACAUGGCCAAUUGCUUUUCUGGAUUUUGUAAGUUUCUUAGAAAU